UCAUGCAUGUUAUUGGUCAGUGGUUGGAUCACAUGUUAUUAAUAGUACUUUGUUAAUGGAUUUUUAUGUACUAUUCUCCAUUUAUGCUCGUGAAAAUAGGAAAUCAGUGAGAAGGCAAGACAAAUCUAGUCUUUCAACGAAUACCCUCACCAUUUAGGAGCCAAAUCAUAUGGUGAAAUGAAUAUUAUAUGGCGUAGAAAAGGGUAUAUUCCCACAGCAUCUUCAGCAUCCAGUACUUCAUCUUGUUCUUCGGUUGUGUCUAGUUUGCCGGAUAGGACUUAUGCUUGGCUUCUAGCAAGAUCAAUAGAAGAUGAUAAGGUAAAUCCUUAUUUGCCGGAUGAGAAAACAAGAGAGGUGAAAGAAUCCAUUGAUAAUUGGAGAAAGCAACAAGCUGAUGGAAAAUUUGUUCCUAAUAGGCAUGAUGAUAUCUUAUCUCGUGUCCUUGGGAAAAAAGAUCGUAAUGGUCGGGCAAUAGCAUUUGGUAGUGGAAUUGGCAUUAAAGCUGUAUGGGGAUCCGGAGAAAGGCUUAGUGGCCGACGGGGUAGGGAAAUCGGAGAUGCUGAGCUGGAAGAAUUAGAGGCAAGAGUAGCCCGGAGGGUACGAGAGGAGACUAUGCAAGAGAUGGACUCUAAAAUGGAUUCCAUGGUUCAAUAGAAGUUUUUGUUAUUUUCUAAACAGAUUGGUAUUCAAAUUCCAACUGAAUUGAUGGAAAUGAAUAACAUAGAUCGGACGACUCCACAAAAUCCUAGUAGUUGCCAAUCAGUGGGUGAUUAUCCAUUCGCAAACAUACAUGUAUCCAAAAAUUUGUUAUUUUAUUUUUAUAUCUUUUUUUUUCUUUUUGUAAUGAUUUAUGACUACGAUAUACUUUUAACUUUGUAACUCAAUUUCCUUAUUUUUUUGUAAUGAUUUUUUUUCCUAUCUUUGUAAGGAACCGGUUCCAUGUCGGCUAUCAUUAUUGAAAAAUAACUUUGAGAAAGUCAUUGUUGCUGAAGGUACAUAUCAUCCGGAGUUAAUCCUUGAUUAUCAUAGUAACCUCCUGCCAGAUCACGUGAGGGUAAGUGUUGAUGAUUUUUUUGACGAAGUCAAAGAAUUCUCGGUUCCAGUUCCUUCUUCAGUCAUCAAGAAACUUAAGCAUGCUCACGGUACCUUUACCCAAUGGCCGAAAGACUUGGUUUCACUCAUGCAUGACAAGGAAUUCAUAUCAAAUAAGAAC